AUGGCACAAUCUACAACUGGAAAUAUCCUUCCGGUGAAAAGGAGACGGAAAGUGAUGAAUACAUGCAUGUUUUGUCGCAAGAGGAAGCUGAAAUGUGAUCAUGCUAGGCCAAAAUGUCAACAAUGUGAAAUACGGAAACUUCCUGAAUGCAUAUAUGGGAAUGGUUUCAAUUUUGAUGUCACUAUGGAAGAUCUUAUGAUGAAACCAUCCAUUGGCUUGCUCAAGGAUAAUGCUGGGCGAAAUAGCGGUGACAUGAAUACUCCAACCAAUACAAGUUCGUCUAAAGACAGCCCUGAUGACAAUUUAUUAAAAUUUGAGUUUCUUGAAAACCAAGACGGUAAAUUUCAACGUUAUGGACCAACUUCAUGGAAGACAAUUGUGAAUUACGACAAAGGCGCAUUUGAACGAGAAUAUCUUGAUCUAUGGAAUGUUCAAAAGAAUAAGUAUGAUGUUUGGAAAACACAGCAUUGCAUUAUUGAGAAUAGGCCCAAAUACUGGGUACAUUUUCAUGAUGUGAACAAUAUUUUGAAAAUUAUCUGUAGCGUGCUUCCAACUUAUGAGAAGACUAGAGAUACAUUGGAUAAAUUUUUCAGUGGUACAUUACACGAUGUUUACAGAAUAGUCGAUCACAAACGUACAAUGGAUGCAUUCAAUAUGUGCUUCAGAGUGUCGAGGGUGGAUCCAUCUUUUGAAAAUUUAUUAACAGAUGUAUUUACAGAUAUUCAAAUUCCACCAGAUGGGAAUCUUUACUAUAUCGGUAUUAUAUUAUUAAUUGUCAGUCAUACAAUGUCUAAUUUUAAUCCUGAUAAAUCGUUGACAAGUUUCCUUGAACAAUUGGCAUUUUCUCCAAGAUUUUCAGAUUCAUUCGUGGAGAGACCCCAAUUUUUAUUAUUGAUGUAUCUUUUGAGAGAGUAUCAAUCUGAUUUACCAAUAUGGGAGACCAAUCAAAACCACAAUUUAAUUAUGUGUGUGUGCCACAGUUGUAAUAUAUUAGGAUUAAACAAGAUUGAUGAAUGGUAUGGGAAGAGUAAUUAUUCUAGUGAUGUGAUUUAUUCACUGAAGAGAACCUUCUAUUGGACAAUGUUCUUUGAUGCUUACGUAUCAUUCGAAGCUGGAAAGCCGUUAUACCUUUCUGACAAUCAUUUUGAUUAUUCCCAGUUAUAUAAUUUAGAGCGCCAUGAUGUGGAAAGAGAUAAAGAAUUACGUAGAAGUAAAGUUAUGACAGACUUUCUCAAAAUAGUCAGGCCUAUUGUGAAUGAUUUGAACAGUACAAAUUUUAAGGACAGAAAAAUGUUAAAAGUAUAUACUAAACAAUUAGUUGAUUAUUUCGAAUCAGGGUUGAUGUUUAUUAAAUUAUACACAGGGUUAGAUAAGUUAUUACCGGCGGACACUUUUGAUUUACCAUUUGUUGCACUCGGUGUUGCUUUAUUACUUGCAAUGUAUCAUAUGAGAAAAAAAUAUUUUGGAGAGAAAUCCACUGAAGUGAAUAAUGGAAUCAUUAAAUACUCAUUAAUUCUUAUAAGUUUUUGUUGCAAAAUGACCAUUUGGGCAGAUCAAAUGGAUUCCUUUACGGAUCCCACAUAUCAUAUCAAUAAAGAUACUAUUACCCAUCAUUUACGAUUAUCAAUAUUAUUGACUGCCCCAAUUUUAAAACGAGUGAUCUUUGAAUUUCAUGAUUAUUUUUUCCAAAAUUUAUCUGUAGAGAAUUUGUCCUCUUUACAACAAUUGUUCGAUUGUAAAGGUACUAAUCAACAAAUCAUACCAUUAGAUAGUUUUUCUGUUGAUGACAGUUAUUAUUAUCAAAUUAUUCCAACGUUACAACAAAUUGAAAAUAUUGAAAAAUCCGUGCUUGCUCCAACAGAAUAUAAAUUACAUCAAAGAUUACAAAAAUCAGCUACUUUUAUUACAUUAGCUGCAUCUCAAAUGGUAUCACAUAUUCUUGCAUUACAAGUUAUAAGAUUAUUAAAAUGUUCCGAAGAUAGCCAGGUUAUUCAACAGACAGGGACAGAAUUAUGGAAUGAAUAUAGAAAAAUUUCUAGUAGAUUAUGGAGGUUGAAUAUAUUUGAUUUAGUUCUUAAGAAAUUGUCUACGAAAGUUACUGAUGAUCCUAAUGAUCCUAAUGAGGCUGAUACUACUGAAUAUCCUACUUUGGCGUAG